GUUUGACGAAGUGAUGAAAUAAAAUUGCAAUAAAUAAUACUGACGUUAAGAGAUUCCGUAAUUUAGAUUCGGAAAAAUUCUUUAUUACAAUUGUACGUUUUUUUUUACAACUCGGUAAUCAGUGAUGUGAUCCAUCGAGCCACGUGAAUUCUUUGCACUGAAUAAGAAGACUUUAAAAUCAGAUAUUAUAUAUCAUUACAAAAAUUAUCAUGAUUUCUGCAAAAAUAUUUAGUAUUUUAAGCAGAAGAACCAAUUGUUUUUCAAGGAAAUGUUUAAGGAACCAAAUAUUAACUCCAAAUACUAAUUGUUUUUUGAUGAAUAUAAAAAAACACCAUCUUCAUACAUUGUCAUUGGAACAUACUAACUUGUUAAGACCUAAUUUUAUUAACUUUCAUAAUAUUGUAAGGACCAAUUAUUAUUAUGAUCAAAUUUUGCAUAAUUAUGAAGUAUUGAGAAGUUCGAAAGAUCACUUGCCUAACGUUUUAAAGCCAUAUGAAUUUAAAAGACAUUCAGAAAUAGAUAAUGUGGAUAAUUUGUUAGAAGAAUCAUGGCAAACUCUGAGCAUUGAAGAAAUUAUUGAUAAAUUUGAAUUAUUAUCAUAUUAUAUAAGUAAAAAUGAAAAUUUAAUUAAUGAUGAAAGAUUUAACAAAGUUAUUGAAUUAAUGAUCUGUAAAUCACCUGAAUUUAGUGAUUUAGAAUUGAAGAAAAUUUUACAAUGCUUAGAGCUCUGUAAUGAUAAGAGUAUUCAAGAAAAAACAGUGAUUGCCAAUUUUCUGAAAGUACUUGAUUUAGAGUGUAAAAAACGAAUCCCGAAUUGGAGUAUAGAUGAAAUGUUACAGCUAAAUUUUAUUUUUCAAAAUUUGAAGUUUCAAAAAAAGUCGGAAUUUGUUUGGCGUAGUUUAAUGAAAUUGUUCAAUAGAUUAAAACAUAUGACACCUGCGCAACUUAUUCAGUACACAUUUUGUUUGAAAGUAAAUCGUAGAGUAAAGAUAUAUCAUUAUAAUUUGGAAUAUUAUUUAGAAGACCAUUUAGACCAAUUUAACAUUGAAGAAAUAGGAAUUAUUGCAAUGACAUUUUUGCGCCUCGAAACAACUUUGAAGAGCCCAGAUUUUAUUAUAAAGAUUAUGGAAAAGUUAGGUGAUAAUAUUGAUACCGUGAGUGAUUAUGCUCUGCCAUCAAUACUUCGUAUUUGUCGUUUUGAUGCAGAUAAAAAGUAUGCUGAUAAAUAUGUCAAUUUUAUAAAAAAACUAGAAAGUCAAGUACCUAAAAGAAAAUUGGAAAAUGUUGUUCAAAUUGCAAUGUUCCAAAAAAAAUUGUUUUAUGAAAAUGAAUUCCUUGUGUCAAGUAUAAUGGAGAGGUGCAAAAAGGAAUUGAGUCAAAUGCAACCAGCAGAUAUUGAAAGAUCAUUGCUAUAUGUAAUGACAUUCAAUAUAAAUCCAGAAACAACUUCUUACUAUACAAGUGUCAUAAAAGAAUUACUUGAACCUUCUCAACAAGACAAAUGGGAUAGAUAUCCAAAUAUUUUCCCUAAAAUAGUCCACUACUUAUUGAAAAUGAAUAUUUAUCAUGAAGAUUUGGUGAAAAAAGUGAUGGAUCCUGAUUUUGUAAAAAAAGUUGCUAAAGAUAGUUACUGGACUUUAAAUAUGCACUAUCUUGCUAUACAUUAUUCUUUGGAAAUUGAGCAUCCAGAAUAUGAUGGUCCAAAGCUAGAGGAAAAAGCACUGGAUAUUCUUUUGAAGAAUGUAGGAAGUAAUAAUAAGUUUGCUAUCAAGUCAAAUGAAAGAACCGGAUUACAUGGAAAAAUUGCAACUAAAUUGAUGAAGUCCAUUGAGGAAGUUGUUGGUUCAAAUGAAUUAUUCCAUUAUGAUAUUCUCAUGCCUCAUUUCCCGAUUCGACAUAUUCUUUUAUGUUAUGAUGAGAAAAAUAAAGUGCUGUUAUCGCCAAAAGAAAAAUUAAUGAGUAUGAAAACUGAUUCACCUAAAUUUACUCCCAAUGAUGGGAAUAAAUGGUAUGCAGUUAUUAUAGGUGGUACAAACAAUAUUAUGAAAGCAAAAUAUGAAUAUUCUGGAGCAUUCAAUUAUUUCUUGCGACAAACAAAAUUACUUGGAUAUGAAACAAUUAUUAUUCCAUAUCAUGAAUGGUUGAGUUUGACCAGUGAAGAAGAAAAACAACAGUAUAUCAGUAACAAAUUUAAAAGUCACAAUUUAUUUUUAUCUAACAAAAAUAAUAGUUUUGACUCAUCUCAAGAAUCUAUGAUUUUGCAGCAGUAAAUCUUCAGUAAAUUGAACUGUACAUAAAUCUUUAAGUAGAUGUAAUCAUAUUUUAUAGAAUAAGAAUGACUUGUUAAUAAAACACUAAACUUUGUCAUACAUUAAUUCAUUAUUUACAUAUUCAAUAUUUAUUUGUUAAACAUUAUGCAUAUUGUCUCAACUUUUUUUUUUAUUAAUGUAGGUACAUUUAUGUUAGUCAAUGGUUUUGUAUGAAAUACAUAUUUACAUCUUUUAUCAUCAAAGUUAUGUACAGUUUACUAUACAAUACUAUUGAAAAUAAAGUUAAAAA